CUCCUAACGCGACUAUGGAGAUCGAUAAUGGCAUCACAAUGCUCUUUGGCCGCGAACUCAGGAAAGCGAAAAUGAUGAAUUCACCUUCAUAUUAUAAGGAUCUUCGCCUUAUAGAGGAUAGCAUGUGCCAAUUAGAGCGAGCUUUUCGAAGUGAAUACACAAAGGCACUUGCGAAACAUGAAGAAUGGAAUAAAAAUCCAGAAAAUGCUGGUAAACCACGUCCGAUUUCAAUAAACGAAGAGCUCGCUAGAAUUGAUCAACAAUAUAUUCAACGAUUCUUCGAGACCCCACCAAUUUCCGAGUUCAGUAAUGAACUGUUUAAAAAUGCUAGCGACGAGUAUUCCCAAACUACAAUCAUUAAUUUAAAAGCGAGUGCCAUUUACACGUGGAGCUUCAAAAAUGGAGGCCCAACCAAAGUAUGUUGUUGGAAGUUGGCCUUUCGAGCUUUAUGUAACAUAAAGGCCUGUAGCAACCAGCAAGAAGAAAUGAGUGCUUUGAAAACACGCACCGUGUAUGGUGGACCCCGUCAUUUACCUGAAGAUAUAUGGAAAACUCAGAAAUUGGAUAAACGAUGGGAACAACAACCGCAACAAAAAGUGAUAAGCAAGGUUUAG